GAGUGGCGGAAUUUGUCCAUUUUCCGAAAUAUCUCCCGAAAAGGGGAUUCGCAUUGAUAUAUACGUUUACGAGAGAGUCGAUCGAACAAUUUCUCUCAGUGCCGCAGUUAUCAGCCGAAAGCACAUUUAUAACCACAAAGGAACACACAUACGCCGUAUUGGCAAAAGGCUGAAACAGCAGCAAAAACAGCUCAAAUCAAAUAAUGUUCGGCCAGCCCAAAACAGUUUGAGGCAAAACGCUCGCUCGCGAUGACACAAUAGCAAAAUAGUGGCGCUGGCGAACGAAUUUUGCGCUAAUAUCAAGCAUACGCAACGUGGUGCGCGACCGACCAGCUAUAAAUAAAGAAUCGUUCUUUUGUGCCAUUUUUUAAGUGCGCAAAACCAAAUAUUUUCAAAAUCUGUGCAAUAAGUGAAGUGAAGUUAGCACGCAAAAUGUUGAGUGAUGAAUAAUUAUAGAUGCCAUUAAAUAUUGUGGAAAAAAAACAUAAAAAUAAACAUCAAGUGUCAGGGGAUAAGUGAUUAGAAAAUUCUUGUGGAAAUUUUGUUGAAACCAGCAGCGGCACAACGGGUCAACGUUUGCGGAAUAUCAGCGGCAAGCGACGCAGCAAUAUGAUCUAUAUAGAUGACUCAGAGCCGGAAGGUGUUUUGGAACCGGCGUUUCCUAUGCGCGAUGCGACCAUAAAUCGCAACGUCGAUGCCCAUAAACUUUACGAUGUGCUGGGCGAGGUGGGUCGGGGCAAAUUCGGGACUGUCUACAAAUGCAGGGACAAGGCGAAUGGCCUGCAACUGGCCGCCAAAUUCGUGCCAAUUCCGAAACGCGAGGACAAGCGGAAUGUGGAGCGGGAGGUGGAGAUUAUGAAUUCAUUGCAGCAUCACCUCAUUAUACAAUUGUACGCGGCAUACGAAUAUCAGAAAAUGAUGUGCGUCGUCCUGGAACUCAUUGAAGGUGGCGAACUGUUCGAUCGUGUGGUGGACGAUGAAUUCGUACUGACCGAAAGGGUUUGCCGCGUAUUUAUUCGCCAGGUGUGUGAGGCCAUGGCUUUUAUCCACGGCAAUGGCAUAGUCCAUCUGGAUCUGAAGCCCGAGAAUAUUCUGGUACUCACACAGAAGGGCAAUCGCAUCAAGAUCAUUGACUUCGGACUAGCACGUAAAUUUGAUCCAGAUAAGCGUCUUAGGGUUCUCUUCGGCACACCAGAGUUUGUGGCGCCAGAAGUUGUUAACUUUGACUGCAUAUCCUAUGGAACAGAUAUGUGGAGUGUCGGUGUUAUAUGCUAUGUGCUCAUCUCAGGACUGUCGCCUUUCAUGGGCGAGAACGACAUUGAAACAAUGUCAAAUGUAACCAUUGCGAAAUACGAUUUCGAGGAUGAAUGCUUUAAUGGCAUAUCCCCCGAGUGUCUGGAUUUCAUAGCCAAGUUGCUGGCGAAGGACCUGGGCACCCGGAUGACAGCCGCCGAGUGCAUGAAACACAAAUGGCUUCAGCAGCGGCCGGCCGCCGCCGCCACAGCCACGCCCAUCACAAAGGCCGCCUCCGCGGCGUCCAAGUCGCGCCUGAAGUCGGUGUCUCCGGUGACGGCUCCCUCGGAGUCCUCCGAGGACUCCACGGAAACCAUCGAGGACGACGACGAGGAGGCGGAGUCGGAGGUGGAGCAGGCCAAGCAGGCGGAUAGCCAGCAGGACGAGGAGCUGGCCAAGCUCUGCAGCGCCGCCGAACUGGAGAACAAAGAGCUGGAUGCCACGAAGGACAACCUGAAGAACUUCAUCGUGCGGUGGGAGACGCAUCCGAACAGUCCGUACGUGUUCGACGUGGAGGGCAAUGUGAUUGCUCCGCUGAGCGAGACGAGCUACCCGCAUCCCCGGAGGACCCACGGCCAGGACAGCCUCUCCUCGUCCCGAGUUUGUUCGCCGUCGCCCUGCGAAUCCAUUUCCACUUUGACGGAUGACGAACGAGGUGAAGAUGAGGAUCUGCCGGAGGAGGAGGAAUGUCGUAGUGCGGACAACGAGAGUCCCCAUUCGGUGGCCACACCCAUCAACGAAUCCCGGGAGAAACUUUUCCCGACGGUGGCCACCUCCAGUCCGUCCACGCCAACGCCGCAGCACCUGUUCAACGAGAACUUCGACGAGUUCUCCGGCAGUCAAUCCACCGCCCAGCAGCAGCGCAGCAUGAAGAGUUAUCUGCACACCUUCGACCGCAGGAACUCGGAUACCACUUACCUCCUGGGUCGUCGCAGUUCCGGAGAGCGAGUGAAUCUGGCGGAUGAGAUACGGAAGCUGUCCGAUCACCUGCUUAUGCUGGCCGAGAUCAACACCAAGCUCGGGGAUGCCAACAACAAUGGGAGUAGUAGUAGUGCAGCCAAGCCAGAUCCUCCUGCUCCGCCAACUGCUGCUCCUGCUCCUGCUCCCUCUGGCAGCACAUCUAGUAAAACCUCCGAGGUCAGCCAGGACGGCAAUAGAUGGACCAGCAAAAGCACCUCCAGCAGCAGCUGGAAUCGUCCCACUGCGAAGGGAGGACUCCUCAGCCAGGCCAGCAGCAGUUCCCAGAGCCAGAGCAGCUAUGAUGAUGGGCAGGGCAAGACCAAGAUCAGUUCGCUGUCUGUGAGAUUACAGCAGUCGAUCGAGGAAACCCCCAAGCUAAGCAAUGGCAACAGCUCCACUAGCAAAUCCCUGGCACAAUCUCGCGUGCAAACGGUGAGCAGUUCCAAUGCCAGGAGCUUUACCAGCCAGCAUGUACAAAAAACCAGCACCACCUCCUCGAAGGUGAUCUCCAGCAGCAGCAGCACAAGCACCAGCUCAAGGAACCAAAUCUCCUCCAGCGCCAGCAACCAAAUCUCCUCUACCGCCAGCAAGCAAAUCUCCUCCACCGCCAGCAACCAAAUCUCCUCCGGCGGAAGCAAUCAAAUCUCCUCCGGUGGAAGCAAUCAAAUCUCCUCCAGCGCCAGCAGCCAAACCUACAACCAAAUCUCCAACAGCGCCAGCAGCGAAUCAGCCAGCAGUCGACGAGCCAAGUUCCGGAUAAACCAGAUGAGUAGGGAUGUGCCGGUGGGACUGCCGGAUACCCACCAGACCGUGAACCUGGAGGAGGCGGCCAACACCACCAAGGAUUGCCUGCUGCAUCUGCUGGAGAAGUACAACGAGACCCGCAGCCGCAACCCGGUGGGUCGUCACCAGAGCAUCAGUGUGGAUUGGCAUGUCAGCGACAAUCUGGAGUACCGCUCCAUGAGCUCCAUCAAUGCUUUCUUCCAGCGGCACAAUCACAAUGGAGGUGGGAACAAUGUCCGCAACAUUCAGGCCCAGUUGGAGGAGAAGGCGGCGGGGAAGUAGGCGCACAGCUCCGGAGUCCACUGUAUAUAUCCGAUAUAUAUAUUUAUAUGUAGAAAACAGAUCAACCAAAUGGAACUUAUGUAAAACUACAAUGCGAUUGAAACAAAUUAAUAUUUAUGUACUUGAUGUAAGCAAUAAAUUAUUAAAUAAAAGCCUAAAUAUGA